AUGGGCAGGUUUGUUUGCUGCCCCCCGCAAACGCCGCACCGCACACUUUUUGAGAUAGGUUGGACAGCCGCGGCUGAAUGGCCCAACAGCUUGUUUGCCGCGCUUUUGCUUGGCGCAUUCCCCGCAAUUGAGUUGCCAUUGCUGGGGGCCUUUGGGCCGUGGACGAAGAAAAAGGAAACGAAAAUGGAUUUUGCCUUUCUGUGGCAUUCCCUGGCGUUUUCGCCACGCCUGCGAGCCGGGAGUCCAUCAGGGCAGUUGGCGGUGCACCGCCGGCCCUUUCGUAGUGGGCAGCCGGCUCUCGGAGAGGGUGCGUCCGGGACCCCACUGGCGGACGAGGGCUUCCGCGAGUAA